CCAAGUCAUUCGUAGUCCUUCAGCAACAUCAAAGUUAUCUACUCGUUGGUUUAGCGUCUGCUGUUUAAAGUGACGAUCACACAGCUGCGUGUGAAACGAUAAUUCGCUUUGCAUGUGACGAACGCACAGCUGCGUGUGUCGUUGUUUCCUGACCUUUGCGAGCAGAAAAGGAGAGGCCGGGCGUUUUGAUCUCUUCUUAUACAACGGCGGAAGGCAUGUCUAGUUCACCCAGGAGAGAGGAAGAUGGCGAACGCGGGGAGGGAGGGAGGGGGAGAGAGAGAGACAGCUCAGAUGGCUGUAGGAGCAUCGGAAGUAGAGAUUUUGAAGCCCCGUUGCGACAAACGAGAGUACAGGAGGAUCGUCCUCCCAAAUUCUCUGGAGGCACUCAUAAUCAGCGAUCCUGAAACUGAUAAGGCGGCCGCUUCGAUGAAUGUCUCAGUUGGCUCCUUUAGCGAUCCUGAUGGUCUCGAGGGUUUGGCUCAUUUUCUCGAGCACAUGCUUUUUUAUGCUAGCAAGAAGUAUCCAGUUGAAGAUAGUUAUUCAAAAUUUAUCACUGAGCAUGGUGGUUCCACUGAUGCAUAUACAGCGUCUGAACACACAAAUUAUCAUUUUGAUGUAAAUGUUGAUUCCUUCGAAGAAGCCUUGGAUAGAUUUGCUCAAUUUUUUAUCAGUCCUUUGAUGUUUCCUGAUGCUACCCUUAGGGAAAUAAAAGCUGUUGAUUCUGAGAAUCAGAAGAAUCUACUCUCUGAUGGUUGGCGGAUGUCACAGCUCCAGAGUCAUUUAUCUUCGAGAAACCAUCCAUAUCAUAAAUUUGGUACAGGCAAUUGGAACACAUUGGAGGUUCAACCAAAAUUGAAAGGCUUGGAUACAAGGCUUGAGCUUAUUAAAUUUUACGAGAAGAAUUAUUCUGCAAAUCUUAUGCACCUUGUUGUUUAUGCAAGAGACGGUCUUGAUGCCAUCCAAAGCCUGGUUGAACAAAAGUUUUGUGAUAUUAAAAACAGUGGACGAAAUAACGCCUAUUUCCCUGGUCAGCCUUGUUCGCCUGAACAUCUGCAGAUUCUUGUAAAGGCGGUUAGGAUAAAGCAAGGACACAUACUGAGGGUCAUUUGGCCAAUUGCACCUAGCAUACAGAACUAUAAAGAAGGUCCUUGCAGGUACUUAAGUCAUCUUAUUGGACAUGAAGGAGAAGGAUCUGUCUUUUUCAUUCUGAAGCAAUUAGGAUGGGCAUUAAGUUUGGAAGCUGGGGAAGGGGAUUGGAGUUUAGAAUUUUCCUUUUUCAGUGUUUCUAUUGAACUCACUGAUAAAGGUCAUGAGCAUAUUGAAGAUAUUGUUGGGAUAUUAUUCAGAUAUAUUGAUCUUCUGCAGAAUUCUGGAGUUAAUAAAUGGAUUUUUGAUGAGCUUGUUGCAAUCAGUGAAACACAGUUUCACUAUCAAGAUAAGAUCUCCCCAGGCCGUUAUGUUGUGAAUAUCGCAUCAAACAUGCAGAAUUUUCCACCUGAAGAUUGGCUUGUCACAUGGUCAUUGCCUUCAAAUUUUGUUCCAAAUACAAUUCAGAAGAUAUUGGAUGAACUGACCCCAGAAAAUAUCAGAAUGUUCUGGGAGUCUAAAAACUUUGAAGGAUGUACAGACUCAGUUGAGCCUUGGUAUGGCACUUCUUACAGUGUUGAAAAAGUCACAGUUUCUACAAUCAAGCAAUGGAUAGCAAAAGCUCCUGAAGUUGAAUUGCAUCUUCCAAAACAAAAUGUAUUCAUUCCAUCAGAUUUGACAAUAAAAAAUCCUCAAGAGAAGCAGGUUAAGUACCCCAUUCUCUUGAGGACGUCAAGUUUCUCAAGAUUGUGGUAUAAACCUGAUACCAUGUUCUCGAUGCCUAAAGCUUACAUCAAAGUUGAAUUUAAUUGCCCGCAGUCGAUUGUUUCUCCAGAAGCUGAAGUUCUUACUUAUAUCUUUACAAAAUUACUAAUUGAUUAUCUAAAUGAGUAUGCAUACUAUGCCGAAGUUGCUGGUCUUUACUAUGCCAUAUACAACACUAGCUCAGGAUUUGAGGUGAUUGUGGUGGGUUAUAAUGACAAGAUGCAAAUCCUCUUAGAAACAAUAGUUGGUAGAAUUGAGCAAUUCGAAGUGAAGCCUGACAGAUUUUUUGUGAUCAAGGAGUCUAUUACCAAAGAGUAUGAGAACUUCAAAUUUCAACAGCCAUAUCAGCAAGCAUGGCAUUAUUCUUCAUUAUUGCUGGAGUACAACACUUGGCCUUGGAAUGAAAAACUUGAAGCUCUCCCACAUCUAGAACCAGAUCAUCUUUCUAAAUUCUCAAACAUCUUAUUGGAAAAGGCAUUUUUAGAAUUCUAUACUGCAGGAAACAUCGAACCAAGGGAAGCAGAUUCAAUUGUUCAGCAUAUUGAGGACGUAUUGUUUAAAUCUACUCAUCCUAAGUGCAAACCUCUCUUCCCAUCCCAGCAUCUUGUAAACCGAAUUAUAAAGCUUGAAGAAGGUUUACGUUACUACUACCCUGCUGAAGUCUUGAAUAUUAAAGAUGAAAAUUCUGCCCUGAUCCACUAUACUCAGAUACAUCAAGAUGAGAUCAAGCUUAAUGUUAGACUUCAAUUGUUUGCCCUAAUAGCGAAGCAAGCAGCAUUCCAUCAGCUUCGAACAGUUGAGCAACUUGGUUAUAUAACCGUGCUUACGCAAAGGAAUGAUUCAGGCACAAGAGGAGUUCAAAUUAUAAUUCAAUCUUCAGUAAAAGAUCCGCCAUACCUUGAGGCUAGAGUUGAUGCUUUUCUAGAAAUGUUUGAAAGUAAAUUUCAUGAAAUGACAAACGAAGAAUACAAGAACUACGUUAAUGCCCUGAUUGAUAUGAAACUUGAGAAAUUCAAGAACUUGUGGGAGGAGUCUGCAUUUUAUUGGAGAGAAAUUGUUGACGGAACUCUCAAGUUUGAUAGGGUAGACUCUGAGGUUGCAGCAUUAAAGGAACUUGACAAGGAUGAACUGAUAGAUUAUUUCAACAAGUUCAUCAAAAUCGAUUCACCACAAAGAAAAACACUGUGUGUCCAAGUCUACGGCGGCCCCCAGACUGCUGAAUACAAGAAGGUGAUCCAACAAGAUGAUGCGCCCAAACUUCAUCAAAUCAAAGAUAUAUUUGCCUUCAGAAGAUCAAUGCCCUUGUUUGGUUCCUUCAAGGGAGGCCUCAGCCUCACGAAACUAUGAGCUCUUUUAAGAUGAACAACAAGCACAAAGCCUCCCCCCCAUUCAAACCUCAUGUUCUCAUUCUUAAUCCAUUUUCUUGUGAUAAUUUUAUAAACAAGUCAAUACCGACUACCAUAUCAUUUCCCAUUCUGAUUGUCGCAAGGAAUGUAAUAUACAAUGACACUCCUUUCCACUCUAUUUGAUUGUUUCAGGAUGCAAUUAAGGUAUUUACCACUACACUUCCUCGUAUAAGAGAAGCUCUUGCUAAGUGGUAAUAUAUUCUGGGUUUUCCUGCUAGACCACGAAUUCUAGAAAAAUACAACAAUGUGCUCCUAUGACAAGGAAACUUAGCAAAUGAGAGAACAGUAUAGAACACCCUAUGGUUGGCAUCGGACCAGGAAUGUAAGGAAUAUAAUGGAAUUGUUUUAUUUAUUUGUUUGUUUUUAGUUGUUUGAUUAGUGGAAUAAAAUGAGACAACGAUUCAUUCUUAUUUUUAUGCUUGAUUUAUCACAGUAUUGUGGAUGCUAAACAAAGAAUGAUGUACAAAACUAAAAAUUCUUAGAAAAAACAUUUUGUUCA